AUGUCCAUCGCAAACAAGAUGAGAACCAGCGGAGACAAGAUGGAAGACAUUACCAUAAUCGAGAAGAUUCUUCGAUUGAUGACCUUGAAGUUUGAACACGUGGUCUGCUCGAUUGAGGAAUCAAAGGAUCUUGAUGCCCUUUCCAUUGAAGAAUUGAUGAGUUCGCUGAGAGUCCACGAGCAACGGAUUAAUCAGCAUGUAGCAGUGGAGCAAGCAUUGCAGCUACAAUACUCAUUCAACAACCAAUCUUUCCAAAAGAAGGGAUACGGUCAAGGAAGGGGAAGAAGCAGCAGCAGUAACAAUGAUCACUCCACACAUGGCAAUCAAGUUCAUGACCCCAAAGGUAGAGGUAAAGGACGAGAUAAUCAUCAAAGUGGAAACCAGGAAUCAAAACCAUUUGACAAAUCCAAAGUCAAAUGCUACAGAUGUCAAAGGUAUGGUCAUUAUCGUUCUGAAUGUAGGACUAAAUUGUAUCAAGAAAGGGGAGCAAAAUCAAAUUUUGCGGAGAAGGAAGAAGAGGUUUCUCUUCUUAUGGCUUGCAACAUAACUGAAGAUACCCAUAAAAGAAUGUGGUACUUGGACACAGGAUCUAGUAAUCAUAUGUGUGGAAACAAGUCUAUAUUCUCUGAAUUAGAUGAGUCCUUCCAUUCCACUGUCAAAUUUGGAGAUGAUUCUACUAUCUCUGUUAUGGGGAAGGGCACCAUUCAAAUUCAGACUUCCAAAAGUGCUAAACAGACUAUUUCAAAUGUGUUUUAUGUACCAGGUUUGAAAACUAAUCUAUUGAGUGUAGGUCAACUUCAAGAAAAGGGAUAUGAGAUCAUCAUUAAAGAAGGAACCUGCAGAAUUCAUGAUCCAAAGAUGGGUCUGAUCACUCAAGUGAAUAUGACAUCAAAUCGGAUAUUUAGCUUGGCUAUGGCAUUUUCGCUAUGGGCAUCUGAACUUCUCUGGUUUAAAGUUGCUCCAUCAAAAGAAUAUGGUGACUAG